AUGUGCUUGAUAUGCGACGAUAUAUCGAAGGCCAUCUCCAAUUAUCGGCAGAAGCUUGAUAAGGUCAACGAGGAAGUUGUUUGGGAGCGGAGUCCUCUGAAAAACAGUGAAAUUUGUGCAACCAUCGACAGGCUCCUGCAUCUUUUCCAGACCCCUCGAGAAUGUUUUGAAGACACACAUCACAUAACAUUGACGUCAAUAGGCGUUAAUUCAUUCAAUGGAACUUACAUGUGCAGCGGGCAUGGGCUCCAAUAUGGUCCUCAUUUUAAUGGCGCGAUACUUCACGAACUAUCUUCUGACUGGGACCUUUGUAAUGGCGACAUUUCCAUCGACCCACAUUGGAUUGACCUUGAUCGUAUUCGUGGUUGGAUCACUGAUUGCAACAAUAACCAUGGCGGAAUAUGCCACUCCAUUAAAGAUGAGUGGCGCACAUUGUCGAGCCCCCCAACGGAAAUACUAUUGAUCAAUGUGGUUCGGAAAUGCCUCGAGUCUAGGAGGCUUCCAUGCAGCUAUGUAGCUUUGAGUUAUGUUUGGGGAAAGCAUGCAGAUGCAUUGAAGACUCUACUCAGUAACGUUUCGACGCUCUCGGUUGAGGAUGCUCUUGAUGCACCAUCGAUUAGAGCAAGAUUACCGCAAACGAUCCGUGACAGUAUGCUCCUAACCGGGUUGUUGGGGUUGGAGUACAUUUGGAUCGACCGAUUUUGCAUUGUUCAAGACGAUGAGGAAAUGAAAGCUGAGCAGCUGGAUGCUAUGGCUGCGAUCUACUCCCAUGCUUACCUGACUAUCAUCGCACAAGAUGGGGAUGAUUCCUACGGACUACGUGGAAUUGAUAGGAAAGGACAAUCGCGCUCAGCUAAUCUCACCCCUCUCCAGUUUAGCUCCUCUUGUCGUGUGGUUCCCGAUACAUUGGAGAAUGUUUGGUCCCUCCAUGAAACUCGAGGCUGGACAUUCCAAGAAGAGCACUUGAGCAGAAGAGGGCUCCAUUUCAAAGAUGACAUGGUGAAGUGGAGAUGCAAUCAGACCACUAGGAGGGAAAGCUGUCCAAAACCACUAAAUACAUGUCCUUGGGUAGUCUUACCAGCACAAGACGAUCUAUAUUUUGCUUGGCCAUAUAUCGACAAGUAUGCUGAUCUGGUAGACAUGUAUUCGUAUCGUUACCUCACCCUACCUACGGAUGCAUACAAUGCUUUCUCUGCCAUCGUGCAAACCGUAAGCCGCGCCAUGGAAGGAGGCUGUUUGUUCGGCAUUCCUGAGAUGUUCUUUGACGGAUGCCUUUUAUGGUACCCUCGCAUAGGUGAAGGACGGCGGAAGGACGCCGAUGGGCGCGUCUUGAAUGCUUUCCCAAGCUGGUCCUGGCUAAGUUGGGAUGGGCCUGUCAAUACAACGAUGUGGAUCCACACACAUCCGUAUAUCGACACUGGCAAAAGAAGAGGGGUUUGUAAUUUGGAUGUGGUUGUAUCGCCAACAGUAUCCUGGAAAAAAAGGAACUUAUCGACAGGUUUACUUGAGAACAUCUCAAACACAUACUACAGAUUCUCUCAACUCUCAUGGGAGGGUGCUGGUAUGACACCUGACUCUGGCGUCCUACCACCUGGUUACCGGUUUCGUCAACCAGUCCCUAUACCUUGUCACCCUCUUGUUCAACCGACCCGAAGGUACAGUCCAAUCUUAGAGUUUCGUUCGCAGCGACUAUAUCUUCGCCGCGGGUACAAAGUCGAAAACAGAUUCAUCAGAACUCCAUACCUAUACAGUCUGAUGGCCACUUCAGAUGGUCCCAUCAGCGGUGGGAUUAGUUACGACGCAGACCCGGAAAACACGAGCGAAGAAUGCGAGCUUAUCUGUAUAGGUAAGGCAGAGGUGGAUGGCAGUAAAGUGGAGUUUUUUUUCAACCGGAUCUUUGCCGAAUACGAUCAUUUGGGCCGGGAAUCAGGAAGGCAUUGGAAGCCCGACGAUUCAGUAAGAGCGGACAACGGAAAGUAUCGAUUCUAUAAUGUGCUUUUGAUCGAGUGGAAAGAUGGGAUUGCGUACCGCAAGGGGCUGGGGAGAGUUGAACAAAGCUUCUGGGAUGGUGCUGAGACGGAGGAAAUUGACGUUCGCUUGGGCUGAGAUGCCAGAUAGAUGAUCACGAAUUGUGUGAGUCUGUCUUUGUAUGGGGCUGAUGACCCGACGUUCGAACGAUAUGAUAAAGAUACAAGGAAUAGAAUGUGGUGUUUUUGAAAGCCAUGGUAGUCUAUUAUUC